CGUCGGAUAAAAUCCAAAAUUUUCAGUGACCAUCGAAGUGUUGGCACGGUCAGUCGAAAAAAGUUCAUCUUCCGUAUAGUUUUCAAGUGAUUAACAGUAGAUGUGAAAAAAUUUAGACAAAGUGAUGGUUGCUUGAUUUUUUUUUCUCAAAAACAGGGAUCAAAAGGGACUUAAGCAAAAGUUAGCAUAAUACUUUAUGUGCAGAUGGUACGCUGCACUAAGGCUUUGAACUUGAUGCAUACUAUAUACAACCCGUGACUAUAACGUGAAAUUGUGCUUCACUUCUAUUAACAAGAUGAAAAAAAUGUCACCAAGUGCUGGAGAAACAUUACGUGCUUGGCUUUUAUCGGCGCUUGUAGUACAUGGAGCAGUAGCCGGAAAUCCCGAUGCCAAGCGACUGUAUGACGAUUUGCUCAGCAAUUAUAACAAAUUAGUGCGACCUGUCGUAAACACCUCCGAUGUGUUAAGAGUAUGCAUCAAACUGAAAUUGUCACAGCUAAUUGAUGUGAACCUCAAAAAUCAAAUUAUGACUACAAACCUUUGGGUAGAACAAUCCUGGUAUGACUACAAACUUCGCUGGGAACCAAAGGAAUAUGGAGGAGUUCAAAUGCUGCAUGUUCCAUCAGACCACAUAUGGCGUCCAGACAUUGUAUUAUAUAACAAUGCUGAUGGUCAUUAUGAAGUAACUUUAAUGACCAAAGCAACAGUAUAUAAUACUGGUCUGGUUAUUUGGCAGCCCCCUGCAGUGUACAAAUCGUCGUGCUCAAUAGAUGUUGAAUAUUUUCCAUAUGAUGUACAAACAUGUGUCUUAAAAUUAGGAAGCUGGACCUAUGAUGGUUUUAAGGUUGACUUACGUCACAUGGACGAACAGUCGGGAAGUAACAUAGUGGAUGUCGGAGUAGACCUGUCCGAGUUCUACAUGUCGGUCGAAUGGGAUAUCUUGGAAGUACCAGCAGUUCGCAAUGAAAAAUUUUACACAUGCUGUGAUGAGCCUUACCUUGAUAUAACAUUCAACAUAACAAUGAGGCGUAAGACGUUGUUCUAUACCGUGAACAUCAUAAUUCCAUGUAUGGGUAUAUCGUUUUUAACUGUCUUAACAUUCUACCUUCCAUCUGAUAGUGGGGAAAAGGUUACACUUUCGAUAUCAAUUUUAAUUAGUCUCCAUGUGUUCUUCCUCCUGGUUGUUGAGAUCAUCCCACCAACGUCACUGGUAGUGCCUUUGCUGGGGAAAUAUUUAAUAUUUGCCAUGAUUUUAGUAUCUAUAAGUAUAUGCGUUACGGUCGUAGUAUUGAACGUUCACUUCAGAUCACCGCAAACGCAUCGCAUGGCCCCAUGGGUUAAAACGUUCUUCAUUGAUUUCCUUCCUCGAUUUUUAUUCAUGAAGAGACCGGCAUACAUUGAGAAUCACAGAAAAUUGUUGCCAAAACAUCCAAAAGUUUGCUUUUAUCCUUAUUAUUCGACCACCGCAUUAAAUCGCCUUAAAGAUCGUUUACAUAUUUGGACAUCAUCUAAAGAUGAUCAAUCUCCACUAAGUCUAUCAGGGACCGGCCCAUUUGGAGGAAGCUGCCAGAUUCACGGUCCUUUGGCAGUUCCACAUUCAGAGUCGGAAGAGUUGUCAUUAUCGACUGCAGCGGAUACAGCAGUUCCAUCCGGCAUCAAGAGUCCGGUUUUCAAGCAGCCAUCAUUUUCGCACUCUAGCUGCCCCAUCGAGGUUCAUCGAAGUUGCUUCUGUGUGCGGUUUAUUGCCGAGCACACUAAAAUGUUAGAGGAUUCUACGAAGGUGAAAGAGGACUGGAAAUACGUUGCGAUGGUUUUGGAUCGGUUAUUUUUAUGGAUAUUUACGUUAGCGGUACUAGCUGGAACCGCCGGCAUUAUACUACAAGCUCCAACAUUAUACGACGAUCGAAUACCUAUCGACAAAACAUUUGAUGAAUUAGCUACAUCCACAGUAGUUCGGUGUCCACCACAAUAGCAAACAAGGACCAGCCUGGAAACACUUUUGAUCUUAUUAGGGUGUGCUGCAGGAAUGAGUGCCUGUGUUUUGGUGUAUGAAAGAGUUUUUAAUGGCCGAUUUAUGUAAUAUUUGUUAUGAAACUAAACAGUUUAGUUGAAAUAUUUUUCAAUUUAUUAUGUCUGUCAUAUUUUCCUUCCAAUGUUUGGCAUAAUUAUUGAUCUGAAGAAAUCUGUUUUUGCAGUAUCAAAACAAGUUAUUUAUUUUAUACUAAAACUUAAUUAUAUGUGAAAAUAAAACUGCCGUAAAAAUAAAUGGAACAUGUGUUAUGAAACUGCUGUUACAAUGAAUGCUUUAACAAUCAUCCACGAUAGAACAUUGUUUGCUCAAUAUUAAGUUAGAAUGUUUAUGGACAAUAAAAUGUAUAUGCACAUUUUUAUCAGGUUCUUCUUACAAUCCACACUACGUUAAAAAAUAAUAUUAUUUUUAUUAAUGGACGUUAGACAUGCCACACAAAUUAUGGAACAAAAAAUUUGAUUGUUGCCAACUCGCUUCCCAUUCCCCCUCUUGAACAUAUUUUGUAUAACAAUAAAAUAUAUUUGUAUGGAUCGUCACCCCGUUCUAGUCUCGCAACAAUAAACACCCAUCCCUUCCCUUAGACCGUAACGUACUUUUACAAAAAGUCAUAAGUUUUAGCUUAUCUUAUUCAAGUUUUUUUAAUUCGGCUUUACCUCAAUACUGCACAACCAGUUAAAAUAUUGUUUGAUCAAAAUGGCCGUCAUUUACGAUUGUUUUAAUUGAAAACUCGUGGCCAUUUUUAUGUGAACAUCAGUCACAGAAUUUCAAGUGACUCAAGUAAGAUUUUAAAGUAUCGGAUGCUGGUGAUGCUCUUGAAGUGAAAAGUAGACAUCAUCUUCAAUUUAAUAUAUUGACAGUUAACAAUUACACAUAGGGCAUGAACGAUUACCAAAGCUCCAAAAUGUUCGAAUACUAAGAGCGGUUCGAAUAAAAUAGGCAUAUACUUAGAAACAAAAGUAGCAUUGUGAAGAAUAAUCGUUGUGAUAUGUUAUAGGGAGGAGAUGCAUUUGGAUUACGAUUGCAUUAUAGACAAAUGAGCGUAUCACACGAAAAACAAAUGAGUUUAAUAACAUCGUCAUGAAAACAUUGUGUUCCGCAAACCGCUAAGUAGGUGAGCAAACGUUAAACAUGAAAAACGAUGUGAGCGUCGUGAACGAGAGAUUUGCGAGUUAAAGAAAAUUUGAACUAACCGCUAGGAAGUGAGUAGGGUGAGACGUCUGUUUGUCUAAAUUAUUGUGCAACUAUAUCCAAAAUAGAACUACUGCCCAAAAGGGUCUCCUCUCUAUCAGUUAGCAUUUUGUGUACAUUUUUUUAUGGAUGAAAAUGUUUAUAUACGUAUGUAUAUCUUUGAUCAAACUGCAUCAAAUCGCAUAUUUAUAACAUCUGCAUAAACACCAGGCAUAGCUGUCAGCACAGGACGCCAACAUUUCUAAAUAUGCCGUUAUAUGAAAUACACUGACAUUCCGCAUAUUUGUUUUUCUAUUAAACAUACUUUUAACUCAAAACAGAUACGGACAUAACUUUUUUGAAUUGUACACGUUGUACACAUUUUACAUUCAUUUUAGAUUUUUUACGUUAUAUUCAUUGCUUACAUGAAUUAUGUAUUAUUAUUAUCUUUUCAUAUUACAUUAUAUAAAUUUUUAUUUGCGGUGUUUAUUCACUAUUAGUGUAUGUAUUUGUAUUUAUUUAGUUAGAUCAACAUGACACAAAUGAACAAUACGUAAUGUAAAGUGUAUUAUUUUUGGUAACGAUUAAACCCAAACAUUAUUUUGCAUUGCGUGCCGAUAAAUUGCUGUUAAGGUACUGUUAUGUUGGAUAUUAGCCGUACAACAGUCCCACAGGCGAAAUAUCAUGCUAGUUAUUUGGAGGAAAUUCCAAUGUUGCAAAUGAAAUGUAAACAAAGAAAUUCAAAAAAAUAAAGAUCAGAGCUCAUGUUUGUCGAUUGUUGUAAAUAUGCUAUUACAUGCAGUCAACUAUUAACAGGUAUUAGGACUCAUUUCUUUACCUCCGUUUUGAGCAUAUGUAGUCCUCAAACUAGGUUUACCUGUAUGAAGAAACCAGGCAUAUAAGUAAAGCGAAAAUGAAGGAAUUAUCCUUUAGUUAUUCUAAUUAAAGCAGUUUUCCUUUAAUCUCUUUUUUAUUUUUAUUGAUGUUUAUCUUAACUUACUAGCAAAUUCUAAACUUUUAAAUUUUUGUGUGAAUGCAUAUUUUUAAAAUUUAUAAACGAUGUUUUACCAGAAUUUAGCUGUUUCCAAUUUUUUAAGCAUUGCAUUAAUUUUUAAAAAGAAAAUAGAGGUAAAACUCGAAGGUAGUAACUGAUUCUAACACUUCGGACGUCUGGCUAUUUUUUCCUUGAGAAGCUUUGUUAUGAGCUGACUCAAUUAGCAAUUCAAAGAACAAAAAAUAAACUUUUUGUUUUUAAAUUCUAUAUUAUCUUACAUAAUGAGGCAUUUAGUUUAAAUUCGUGAUUUAUCAAUGACUGAAAAACAUAUUUUGUUAAAACAAAAUUAUUCAUUCUAAUUUUUAAAUGAAUUAUCCUGUAACAUUGCUAGGUUUUAUAUUAAUAUUUUAUAAAUAUAAACGUUUAUCUAUAUUAGUAUAUGAAUUUAUACAAAUGAUUUAAACAUCAAUUUCGUACAGGACCGAUCAUGAACCACGUGGUCCGAUGUGAUCUUGUUUUGACCAGCUAGUAUUAACUAAUUUCAUCCUUUCUCAUCUACUUUAAAUUGAAAGUCAUUUAAGCCACAGAGCACGCGUUUUAUUGGUGACAGAAUUUCGAAAGAGUUGAAAAUUUGGUUUGAAUGUUUUUGGUGGUUGAAUGUUUUGUAACAUUUUUGACCUUUUACGAUUUUACUUUUCGAUUAAAACAAGAAAAUCUGUUAAGUAUAAUAAGAUCGAACAUAAAUGGCGGAGACAUUUGUGCUACACCAUCAAACAUGAAACGUUAACAUAGAUAUUAGAAAUAAAUUAGAAACAUGUAUAUCAAUUAUUGAAUUGAAUCAAAUUAGCAUUAUGUAAAACAAGCCUAACCAAGCGUACAUAACAAAAAAAAAACAGAUACCAUUAACGCAAUGACAUGUAUUGAAACUGUGGUAAUUGUUGCAAAAAAAUAUUUGUUAAAUAAAUAAAAUUUCCAGAA